CACAUUUGAAGCACGUCUCUCUUCUCUUCUCUUCUCUUAUCUAUAAAAGAAGAAACAAAGGCACCUCAUCCACCAAAACAGAGCUAGUUUAGUUAUCUACUCUUUUCUGCAUGUUUGUUCUCUCAACGACUCCUCCGCGAAAGAAUAUUAUUCAAUAUUUUGGUUGGGUUGAAUCCCGGGGUUGAAGCGUUGCAGACAUCACGGCUAUUCUAAGAGUGUCUCGCUCCCUCAUUCAUGUCCGAUCUGUACGACGGAGGACGGGUAGUUGCGUAACUGCCGUUAACCCUUCGCCGCACGGUGGGCGUGGUGCUUUGCCUUCUGAAGGUGGUAGCCCUUCAGACUUGCUCUUCCUCGCUGGUGGUGGUUUCUUCUAGUUUCUUCACUCUUUUCAUUACUUUUAGCCUGCAUAGUUUUAAAUAAGAAAAAAAAAACAGCGACUUUGUGACUAGUUAAGAUCACCGUUUCUUCUUCUUCUUCUUCUUCUUCUUCUUCUACUACUACUACUACUACUUUUCGUCCACAAAAUGAUGCUCAGAAUCAAGAGGGUUCCCACUGUCGUUUCCAACUACCAAAAAGACGACGCUGCAGACUCUCCUCGUCCCGUCGGAGGUUGUGGUCGGAAUUGCCUCAAAGCUUGUUGCCUUCCAGAUGCAAAGCUGCCUUUGUAUGCUUUCAAGAAGGCUAAUGGAAAGGAUUUGGCCCUGCAUGCAUGCGCCGGGGAGCCUCCCCUCACAUUCCUCGACUCACUUCUUCUUGGAGAGUGGGAAGAUCGCAUGCAGAGAGGACUUUUUCGCUAUGAUGUUACCGCCUGUGAAACCAAGGUGAUUCCUGGUGAAUAUGGUUUCGUUGCCCAGCUUAAUGAGGGUCGUCACCUCAAGAAGAGACCAACUGAGUUCCGAGUUGACAAGGUCCUUCAACCCUUUGAUGAAAACAAAUUCAACUUUACCAAAGUUGGGCAAGAAGAGGUCCUCUUCCAAUUUGAAGCUAGCGAGGAUGGACAAGUCCAGUUCUUUCCAAAUGCUCCAGUUGAUGUUGACAAUUCUCCCAGCUUUGUUGCCAUCAAUGUCAGUCCUAUUGAGUAUGGGCAUGUUUUGCUGAUUCCGCGCAUUUUCGAGUGUUUGCCUCAAAGGAUUGACCGUGAGAGCUUCCUCCUUGCACUUCACAUGGCAGUGGAAGCUGAUAAUCCAUAUUUUCGAUUGGGUUACAACAGUUUGGGUGCUUUUGCAACCAUUAACCAUCUUCACUUCCAGGCUUAUUAUUUGGCUCUGCCCUUCCCAAUUGAGAAGGCCCCCACUAAGAAAAUUGCAAGUUUAAAUGGUGGGGUGAAGAUAUCUGAACUGUUGAAGUAUCCAGUUAGAGGUCUCGUCUUUGAGGGUGGCGAUACGCUGGAAGAUUUAUCAAAUGUUGUUUCAGAUGCCUGUAUAUGUCUUCAGAACAACAACAUACCUUUCAAUGUUCUUAUCUCUGACUGUGGAAAGCAAGUCUAUCUGUUACCACAGUGUUAUGCAGAGAAACAAGCUCUUGGAGAAGUGGAUGCUGAGCUUCUUGACACCCAAGUGAAUCCUGCUGUGUGGGAAAUUAGUGGGCACAUGGUUCUAAAGAGGAAGAAGGAUUAUGAUGAGGCAUCUGAAGGCAAUGCUUGGAGGCUUCUUGCAGAGGUGUCCCUCUCUCAAGAGAGGUUUCAAGAAGUCAAUGAUCUUAUUUUUGAAGCCAUUGGCUGUGGUGAAUUGGAGGAUGUCAACGUUGAAAGUGUCAAAGAAGUUGAUGCAGUCAGCACAAGCGAACACCCUACUGUGGUGGUAGCUGGUUCACAAGAAUGUGUGAUUCUACACUAACAAGGCUCUAAAAUUAUGAACAAAUUCAGCAAAUCCGUAGUGCUUUAAGAAUAAUUGCUGAAUUGUGUCACCGUUUAAGUCACAUAGUAUUGUGCUGUGCUUGAGCCUUAAGGUCCUGUGUUGUAUGUAUUUGCUUUUAUCUGCCUUUAUGACGCGUUCAUGUGAAAGUACGAUGUAAUAACUGCUCACCUGAGUACUGUUGUUGGUGUUUUGGGGUAUGAUGUAUCAUAAUGCUUGACUUGACUCUGAGAAAUAAUAAAUUCAGUUAUCUGUUUGUCCUUGUAGUAGUUCUUAAGGAUGAAAUCUUCACUUGCUGUAUUUCUGGUUUCCCUUUGUAAUAAAUGUUUGUAUAUUAAUAAAUGUUUUAUGUUAUGGGUUA